ACUCACAAACCUCUUCAUACGAAAUACAAACGAUUACAUAUAGCAAUAAUUAAUAAAAACGUUUACUUCCGGUCAAGUGUACGCGAAUGAACCGUACCAAAAUUCGUCUUGAGUAUGAGCCCACCUUGCCCAAACAGACCAAUGCACUCUAAUAGGUUGAUUCUGAUGACGCCAACCUAUUAGAGUGCGUUGGUCUGCUUGGAUUUGCUCCGAGUAAACCCAGAACGGACAAAACGAACAAUAUCCUUAUGUCAGUUUUUGUGAUAGUCUUUUCUGUGGUUUGCAUCAACACGUGAAAUUGCAUCUUUAGAGGUUAAAGUGAGGAAUAAAAUUCAGAAUUAAAGUGAUAACUAAAGCGAAGAAACUAAAGCGAACAGUAAAAACUAUAAUACAAAUAGAAGAAUAACAGAACACAUACAGCACUUGAGGCUUUGAUAAGGACAAUAACCAUAAAAGCACAAGUGUCGUAUAUCCAUUUGCAGAUCUAAUACAUUAAUCACGCUCUCCAGAAAACCUAGAUUUAUGUCAUUUAUUAGAUGAUUGUGGAUGAUUGAUUUCGUCAAUUUAGUUUGCGAACAGUAUGAAAGUGCGACUAUACUACUUGGCAAAUUAUUUUAUAGAAUAUGGGAGAUAAAGAGCAUCAUGUUCACUUUAGUGGUGGAAGUGGGCUUGGAAAAGAUAAUAACAUUAUGAUACAGCCACAGCGACAUGGUCAUAUAGAUGUUCAUUUAGGAUUCUUGCAAUUGUAUCACAGAUAUCACAUAGAAUUUUCGGUACCAUGGAACACGUGUAUUCAUUCAGAAGAUAAAUUGAUAGCUCCAGCAAUAAUUGCAGAAAAUCACAAUGCAAAUUGUCACAUUAUUGAUUUUUCACAAGAAAAAGAUGGCUUAAGGUUAAAAGUAGAGCUGUUGGCAUAUAAGGAGAAGGCAUUAAAGGAAGACGUUGAAGUGAUGUGUUGUUCUUCGGGUACUCCACUGAAAAUCGUGUUGAAUGCACGUGUUUUGGCGAAAGACAAGGGCACGCCAUUGUUGAGAAAUGGUAUUCGCAGUAUUGCCGUUGAAGAAACCGACGAAGACGAAGUAUCUGAGUAAAGUUGCUUAUUAUCAAGAGGUCUUUUAAAAAUAGAUAUUUAAACGUUGAUGUGUUGAAUAUUAAAAAACAAGAAUUUGAAUGAAUAAUUAGCAUAAUCGUUUUGAACUAGAAUAAAUAAUGCAACUACAAAUAUACCAUACAAAAUAAUAUGCCUACUGCUCUUAUACAUAUACAGGGUGAUUCAGAACGGUGCCCUUACAAUGACAUAUUCCUGAGUUAAUUCUGAGAUGAUUUUUCCUUUACAAAAAUUUUAUCCAAAACUUAUUUUCCGAAUUAUUAAAUAAAAUAGUUACCAAAUCACGAGAGGCAUAGAGAAGAUAGGCAGAGGCGUGGCGACUCAUCACGCGAUUCAACACAGGUGAUUUCAAAUUUGAUGUCUUCAUAUUGCUUAACGGAUAAAUAAUUUUACCGGGAAUGAACAACACUUUACAUGUAACACCCAUAAGUAUCGAUAAGUCAUAAGAUUUUUCUUGUCACACAAUAUCGAAUUUACUUAUGCACUUAAUCAAGAGAUUUAUAAAUCUAUCGGCGUACACCUAACCUAAUAUGAAUUAUAAAGAGCCUAAACAGGACUUGGUUAGGUUAGGUUAGGUUAGAGGUGAGUUGAUGUGGGAGUGAAUGUUCGUGACCCAAGUCCGUCGAUGAACAGAUGGCGCUAAAUACACGACUUCGGUCAUGACGGUCUAGCGGUGAUUGUGUGUAAAUAGGAUAGCGUUAAAUCAGUAUUUAUCUAUCUACGAUGCGAUCUAAGAUAGGAAAAUAUAAGUUAGAGAGAAGAGAGGAAAGUAAAGUUGCUUGGAAAUUAAAGGAAACGCGAUAGAAGUAGGAGGAAAGGAUAGAAAACGGACAGGAUCUCGGGUAUGGACGUCAAGAAGUAUAGACGAGCAUGGGAAAAUAUAUAGAUAUAUCUUACAAUAAUUUUUUAAAAAAUUUAUGUAUUUUUUAAUUUAUUAUAUAACCUUUGUAUUUUGUCAUAUAGCACAUCUUUCAAAAAGCUUUCUGGAAAAUGUGUGCUAUGUGAACUCAUAACAAUAAAAAAGGGAAGGAGGGAAGAAAAAAUAAUACGAAAAUAUUUUCUUGUGUUGGUAUUGUACUGGUAUCGUACAGUACUAUAUUGGUAUUAUGAAAGUACAGCGUGUGAUUAUAAUACUGUAUUAUCAAUAUACAGUAAAGUUACGGUAGUACAAUGAUCGUAUGAUGUAUGUACUAAUAAUAUAUAUCUACGGUACGCACUUACGUGGAUACAGUACUGAUAUGAAGAGUACGAUAUACGUUCACCGUACUGGUUUGCGUAGUUUCACGCAAGAGUAAAUGAGCUGUUAAGAAAUUAUGAUUUAGGUUAUUACGAUUGAUUUCAAUUAUAUCAUUGCCUGAAACUUUUUUACGCGACUGUGCUUUUCAUAAUCUAUGUCAAUUGCAAAUUUUUAUAAAAUAAAGUAAAAAACUAAAUAGCGCGCGCCAAGUGUGCGCCUGUGAUGUCUAGUGUUAUAAAAAAAAGAUAAUCAAAGUAAAUAAACUAUAAAAAUGUAUUGUUUAAUAAAACAAUAUUAUAAAUAUUAUAAAUAGAAUAUUAUAAAUACAAUCUUUAUAUGUAUAUACAUAUAGUUUGUUUAAAAUAUUAAUCAUAUUUGUAAAAAUGGAUGUAAUGCAUUUCUAAAUGUAAGUAAAGUGUUUUGUUAAUGUAAUAGCUUUGAUUAAAUAAUAACCAAGUAAAAAUGCAUUUUGAUUUCACGAUGUUAUUCCAUUGUUUCCACACGUUUAAUGUAAUCCUGAUCUUGACAAUCGACUUAUAAAUAUGACACAAUUUAUAAAUAUAUAUAAUACCCAACGGUUUGUAUGUAUACGGUAUACCGCAAUCAUUUUUGUUGUAUUAAUUUUUACAUCAAAAGAACAAAGGGUAAUAGAAAAAAAUGGAUAUCCAGAAAACGUAACGAAACAUUAAUUUUUAUUGCAAUCCGCUGCUCGUACAAAUUCGAUAAACAGCAGUUUACAUAACAAUCAUCGACUAGAGCAACUGAUAUUACGAAUAACAUUCAGUUCAUGAUUGAUUCUAUCGGCCGUGUUUUACAUCACAUUAAAUUAUAAGAUUUCACUCAUAAAUCGUAAGAUAGUUAAUUCUCUGACUGCAUACUAUUAAAAAGUUACGUUUAUUGCACACAUGGGUGUAUGACACCCGGGAAACUUUAACUUGGUUUGUAUCUCGGGCAGAAAUUGACAAAUUUUAAUCCAUUUUUUUUCAUUCCUAAGGAAAAUUUCUCAGAAUUGUGAUAAUACAAGUCGUAUAAAUAAAGUUAGAAAGUCGUAUAUAUAUAUAUAUAUAAUGGAAAAAGAUAUAUUUGACAAACUGACAAUAAAUCAAGAAAUUUUGCAUAAAAAUUUGCUUCUUUCAAACAGCUAAAUUUUGUAGAAAAAAAAAAGAAAAAAA